AAGUAACUGAGGUGUUUAACAGAUGAUAUGGCACAGCGCCAAGACACCAAGUCGGAGACCGCCCAGCCAUCUGACACGCAUUGGCGGUGACGUCGUUGACGUCGUGACAUGCGAAAACGGACAAAAUCCCAGCCUCGUUGUCACCUCAAUGACAUGAUGUUCCUGUUCUAGUAAAUCUGGAGAAACCUUCUUCCCAAGAGACUUGUACAGAAACCAUGCCUUUGAUUUCCAGCGCUACACCUCGCUCAGACAACCCCGAGGACUUGACUUGAUUGAAUUCAAGCCCACACCAACCGAGCACACCGAAUACCUACAUAUCCACCCAAUCUCUCAACCAGGGGCCAAAAUGAUAGACGCCCUCCUAGGACUCCCAGUCCUCAGCCUCCUGCUGGUCCCGACCCUCGCAUCCUACGGCACAAGCCUCAACCUGAUCUUCUUCUACAUGACAUGGACGACGCUCGUGAUGUCGCACGAUCCCCUCCGCGUCGAGCUCUUCGGCACCCUCGCCGUGCGCCUCGUCUUCUACAUCGUGCCAUCGGUGCUCUUCUUCCUCUUCGAUAUCCUCACGCCCUCUGCGGCCGUUGUGGUCAAGGCACAGGGGGAAACGGGCCUUCCGUGCGGAAGCAAGCGCGGCAAGAUUCGUUUGAGAGAUAUCAAGGUCGCGGGGUGGGCUCUGCUGAAUCUGGUGCUGGGCUUCGCUGCGCAGGCUGCUGUCGAGGAAGUCCGGACUCAAGUGCUUGGAUGGCGUAGUGCGCUUCGCGUGUCGAUGAGGUUGCCGAUGCCGUGGGAUAUGGUCAAGGAGUUGUCUAUGGGGUUGCUGAUGCGGGAGGCCUUAGCAUAUGUCAUCCACCGCUACAUGCUCCACCCAAAAAAGACAACCACGAUCGCAAAGCGCCACAAAUCCUGGUACCACUCGCUGCGCGCCCCGUUCCCUCUAACAGCCCACUACGACCACCCGCUCGUAUACCUCCUGGCGAACUUCAUCCCCACCUACGUCCCCGCCAUGGUCUUCCGCUUCCACCUUCUCACCUACCUUCUCUAUCUCUCCGUGGUCUCGCUCGAGGAGACAUUCGCGUACUCCGGGUACUCGGUCAUGCCGACGAACUUCUUCCUGGGCGGCAUCGCGCGGAGAACGGAUAUGCAUUUGGUGGGAGAUGCGGAGGGGAAUUAUGGGCCUUGGGGGGUUUUGGAUUGGGUCUUCGGGACGUCGGUGGGGGGUGAUGAGGAAGAUGGUGAUGGUGAUGAAGAGGAGGUGAAUGGCUCGGUGAUGGGGGGUUCGGCUCCUGAUGCGUCCCUCGAGGAGAAGAUCCGGAGGGCUGUGGAGGAGUCGACGAAGAGGAAAUGGUCGGAGAGAGAGCGGAGGAUGAGGAGGCGACGGGGUGAAUGAUGGUUCGAUAUUGAGU